AUGUUGGCACCAUCCCUCUGGACUAGCUUGUUGGCCCUCACGGCCUCAGCCUCGGCUUCGGCCAUUAGCAGCAACUCUUCCAACUGCCGCUGCUUCCCUGGAGAUGCCUGCUGGCCCUCCCAGAGCGAAUGGGCUCAGUUCAACAAAACUGUUGAGGGUCGCCUCAUCAAGACCAUUCCCUUGGGCAAGCCAUGCCACUCUCCCUACUACAAUGCCUCAGUCUGUGCCUCACUGAAGGAACAAUGGACGGAGCCUGAGCUUCACUACACCUCUAGCAGCUCCGUCAUGGCCCCAUGGUUCGCCAAUGGCAGCUGUGACCCCUUCCACCCGAUUGACAAGCCCUGCACGAUGGGCAACUACAUCGACUACGCCGUAAACGUCUCCACUCCUGCGCAUAUCUCGGCGACCCUCCGCUUUGCCGACACCCACAAUAUCCGGCUGGUGAUCCGCAACACCGCCCACGACUACAAUGGCAAGUCCACUGGUGCAGGUGGUCUGGGCGUGUGGACACACAACCUGAAGUCCAGGACGCUUAUCAGUAACUACACGGACUCGCACUACACUGGCGCUGCAGUGCGGCUGGGCGCAGGUGUGCAGGGAUUUGAGGCAUACGAGUUCGCUGAUGCUCACGGCUACCAGAUCGUAGGCGGAGAGUGCUCCUCAGUGGGUAUUGCUGGUGGAUACUCUCAGGGUGGUGGGCACUCUGCGCUCUCGUCGCGCUACGGACUGGCAGCUGACCAGGUCCUCGCCUGGGAUGUUGUUACCGGUACUGGCGAGCUUGUGACUGCUACCCGUGAUAAUGAGUACAAGGAUCUUUACUGGGCACUCAGUGGUGGCGGCGGUGGUACUUAUGGUGUUGUCGUGGCUAUGACCUCCAAGCUUCACACUUCUACCCCUACUUCCGGUCUGAGCCUGACCUUCACCAACUCCAACAUCACUCAGGAUACCUUCUUCGAGGCUGUCACUCUGUACCACACUCUUCUUCCUAGCAUUGUUGACGCUGGCGUCAUGAGUGUUUGGUACUUCACCAACACCUCCUUCUACAUUUCUCCUCUCACUGGACCGGGUGUCCCUGUUGCCACCCUCCGCUCGUUGGUGGCACCCUUCGAAGCCGGACUCACCAAGCUGGGUAUCAACUACACUCUUGAAGCCAAGAUGUUUGAUACUUAUCUCGAGGAGUUCAACACUAUGGAGGCCGAGAUCGCCGUCGGCAAGGCCCAGUAUGGUGGUUGGUUGAUCCCCCGCGAGGUUGUGGUGCAGAACACCACGGCCUUGACGGACGCGUACCGCCAGAUUGUGUCUGACGGAGCCACCUUUAUCGGAGUCGGCUUGAAUGUCAACCGCUCUAUUGCCGGCGACGUUGACAACGCUGUCUUACCCGCCUGGCGUGAGGCCCUCAUUGAUACUACUCUGACGACUCCUUGGGAGUGGGAUGCCCGUGCCGAGAUGAUUGUCGAGCAGGACAAGAUGACUUACGACUACAUCCCUCUGCUCGAGGCUCUGGCUCCUAACUCUGGAGCGUACAUGAACGAGGGCAACUUCCAGCAGCCUAACUGGAAGAAGGCCUUCUAUGGCGUCAACUAUGACCGCUUGUUGCAGGUCAAGAACAAGUAUGAUCCCAACGGACUGUUCUAUGCUCUUAAGGCGGUCGGCUCGGAUGCUUGGACCCAGUUGGAGGAUGGUCGGUUGUGCCGCGCCUAG